GUAGAGCAGACGUCUGUGAAACCGUCGAAACCGGUGAAAGGUUCGAAAUCUGCAAAACCGACAACAAAAUCCGCGAAAGCGGCGGAGCCUAAACCAGAACCUACGCCGGAAGUAAAACCCAUUGAGGAACCAGAACCAGUAAAAGAACCCGAGCCUGUACAGGAAUCAGCAAAAGAACCAGAGCCCAAGCCUGCACAGGAAUCAGCAAAAGAACCCGAAAUUGUAGCAGAACCGGCGGAACCAAUCGCGGAGAAUGCGCCGAUCGAAAAUGCGGAGGCUGUAAGUGACGAAGCGAAAGAGGAAAAGCUCGAACAAGGUACGUUGAUAUUUCUCGAUCAAUAUUGGACCAGAAAUAUUCUAUUUCGAUAAUCGGAAACGAGCUUGUCACGCGAACUUCGAACGGACAUCUUUUGGGGUAGGCAAAGGUCGAUCGUUGACUUGUAUCACUGUUAACAGCAUCUGUUCGUAUCGACUGCACGAGAAUGAAUGUGCUUAGUUUAGAUAUCGUCCAGAAUCCCAUUGUUCGUUUUCGUGAUAAAUGUCUUCCGUAUAAGAAUACGAUGUCGACAUGAUCUCGUGGAAUAUCGUAUAUAUCAUCCUCUUCGACGAAAUUAUUUUACAUAAUAUAAGAUCGAUAUUAGAAACAGAUUUAGUCAUAAAGUAUUAACAAUCGCAUUCAUAAUGCAUUUUUAGAUAUAAACUGAGUUCAAUUUCGAAAUUGUAUCUGAAUAUUGAUAAUAUUAGCUUUCUCAUUCGAAU